UGCCCCGUAGUGGGCGGGGCAUACUGUCGCUCUGUAUUGACGCGCGGCUCCGCCCACUUCGGGGAUGGCCGUUGUGUGAGGUUGAGUCUCCGGUAGGAAAUUCCGGACCGACGCUCGGUUGCUGUGGCCGGUUUGCCCCGGGGACUCCCUGUGAUGGAGCUGAGGUGUUGGGGUGGUGACUGGGGGCUUCCCUCCGUGCACCCUGAAAGCCUGGUUGUGCUGGCAUAUGCAAAAUUUGGUGGUGCCCGGCUUACAUUGAAUCCUGUGGAUCAUACCUGGACCAGUUCACAAGGUGUAGUGCCUGUAUUAUUACACGAGGAUGACAUUAUUACGCAGCCUGUCAACAUUAUAAGCUUCCUUAGAAAACAGAGAUAUAAUGCGGAUUAUGUGCUGUCAGCUAGAGAGGGAUCCGAUACCCUGGCGUACAUUGCCCUGCUUGAGGAGAAGCUGCUUCCUGCACUUCUACAUACAUUUUGGGUUGAUACUGACAAUUAUUCCGGUGUGACACGGCCCUGGUAUGCUUCACAUAUCCCUUUCCCUCUAAACAUUUACUUGCCUGGAAAGAUGUAUAGAGAAAUUUUAAACAGAAUUCUGGAGACCAAGGGAAAGCCACCGCUAUACAGCAUGAAUGAAGUGGAAGCUCAGAUCUAUAAAGAUGCCAAGGAAUGUCUGAAUCUCUUUUCCAACAGACUAGGAACAGCACAAUUCUUCUUUGGAGACAAGCCUACCACCCUAGAUGCCUUUGUAUUUGGUUUCCUUGCCCCCCUCUAUAAAACUCGUCUCAUCAAGGUUCAGCUACAAGAACACUUAAAGCAGCUUCCUAACUUGUGUGAUUUCUGUGACCAUGUUCUCUGUAUCUAUUUCACAGAGCAUGCUGAAGGAGCCUCUCCUGCUGGCCAGGACGCAAUAGAUGCAAACCUGCAGAAGCUCACACAGCUUGUAAAUAAGGAGGCCAACCUAAUAGAAAAGAUGGAUGAUAACCUCCGACGCAGCCCUCAGAACCGUCCUAAGACCAUGAAAACACUACAACCCUCAUCUUCUGCUGAACAGCCCAGCCAGCACCUCUCUCCAUGAAUGAUCACUAGCCGCUACCACUCACCAGUCUCUACAGUCAGAAAUUCAGCGUAAAACCAGUUCUGCCGGAUGCUUGUGGAGAUGGUGUCAAAGAUGAGGCUUUUCCAAAUAUUUAUAAGGGAACAUAUUUGAAGUGCAAUAAACUGAUCAUGGAAUCCUGUUUGUACCAUUAUAAUGUAUUUUACUUUGGAAACACUAGCAAAGCGUCUUAUCGCUAUUCCUGGUCAUCUGUAGACAACUGUUGUGUUCUAGAGGUCUUUUCUAGCCGGACAGUCACAAGCUGCCUAUAUCUGCUUUAAAUAUUUGAUAAAGAGUCUUAAAGUAAAAAAACAUUUUACUUAUUAUUAAAAUAUUAUUAGUUUCUUCCUUUUAAGUUAUCCAGUUAUAGAAUGAUGUAUAGAAAUGUAAUCCACAUCAUUACAGGUUUCAGUUGUAUAAAUAUUAGAAACAGCCCCCAGACCAGACCCCUACAUUAAUUCACUCCCGGAACUAGAUCUGUAAAUGAACCAGACUCUCAAACUGACCCCUAAAUUAACCAGACUAGACCCCAAUAUUAAAGUGGUAUUCCUGUGGGAAAAUGUUAUAGUUAAUUGUAGUAUACUUACCCUCCUUGCUCAACUGCCGCUGUUGUUCUCAAUUAGUCUUGUCCUGCUGUGCAGCACUUCUGGAUUGGGGGGAGUUGGCAGGCGGAAUGUAUCACUUGGGCCAACCAGUGGCCGCAGCAGUGUCCUGGCUCAGGCAUAUGUUGGCAGAGCGGGAAACUCUCCAUGCAGACUCUUCAGAAUGGUGGCAGCAGGUGAGCGUUGAAUGUAAGCAUAUGUUUUUCUUCUAUUUGACAGAAGACUAAGCACAAUUGCCUAAAACCCAAAAAACAUUCCGUUUGAAUAAUUUACACCCUUAAACCACCAAAUAAAUCCAGACCAGGCCCCAAAAUGAAUAAGAUCCCUGAUUGUAUAAUUAAUCUGGUCUCAAUUCAGACCCGGAAAAAAAAACAUUAAGGUGGCAGAUGAGACGCCUCAUCAUUUUGGCUGUCCUAUGGUUCUCUUCUGCUUUACGCUCUGUCACAUUCAGGGCCUGAUACUAGCUCAGUGUUUCAAAACCAGGGUGUCUAGAGCUGUUGCGAAACUACAGCUUCCAGCCUGUCUAUUAUACUCACCAUACAAUGCUACGGACAGUUCAGAUCUGUGAAAUGCGUGAAUGGCUGAAAAAACUGACCAAUCAGAAUGGGCAUUUCACUGGUAAAACCCCUGUAUUACUGAAGUGCAUGCACUGACUGUCUGUCUGGUAGCGCCCCCUACAGUACAGGGAGGUACUACAGGUUCUGUACUCUUUACAUGUGUCAGGGUUAGCUGCUCCUUUGGACACCGGGUAAGGGCGGCUCCAUUUUAAAUUUUUUGGACAUUGCGUGUACUGUACAGGACCCUGAAGAAGCUCCUGUCCUCUACAUAGACAGUGAUUUACAGCUCCCACCAGACCUUUCUUACUUUUAUAUGUAAGGACUUGUUUUUCUUUAAUCCUCACUUUUUCCUAUUUUUGGAUUACAUUUUGGUGUUAUGGUCUCAACAUAGUGUUUUUAACAUACAAUGGUCUUCCUGGAACCAAUUUUUAUUGUAAUUUGAGGGACCUGUGUAGCCAAAGCUCUUAUGUCAGUGAAUGGGGACCUAUGGAUACAUUUUUGUAUCAGCUGGGGUUUUUCAAUACAUUCGGCAAGUGGACACUGCAAAAUGCAUUGUAAACCAUUACUUAUCUUUAUAUCAUUACAUUACCUAAACCAUUACUUAUCUUUAUAUCAUUACAUUACCUACGUAGGGGACAUACUGUGGGGCCCAGAUGGCCCCACAGUAUGUCCCUUAUUAUUUUUAUAACCCAUUAUUAGAAUGAUGCUGUUUUACAUUAUAUUCUGUCCCUAGGUGUAAAUAGAAAUACAGAUUUCAGGAAUGAAUGGCACCUAUAAGCCAAUGGCACAAUUAUUUUUUCAUAAUCUAGAUUUUCUAUGGCAUUCCCUGUAAAAAUUACAAGAUUUUGUAAUGAGACAGUUUAGUAAGUAUUUCUUGAAUACCUAUAUAUGAUAUAGCUGAAUGUCUUACUCUAUACAGUAUUAAAUCUAAGUUUUAUGUCAUACUUUAUUCUUCUAAUAAGAGUAUUAUGCAUGAGUCUAGUGUUAUAUUAUUGUCCAUUAUAAGCCUCCUAUUUGGCUACAAUAUAUGCAUAUUUUACAGAAUGAUUGUUCAGGGGAAACACACACACAUAUAUAAAUAU